AUGUUGUAAAUCUUUUGUGCAACUGGUGCUUUUGAAAUAGAAAAUUUUAAUACUAUUUUUUAAAUAAAUUAUAGAAUAAAAACUAUUUAUUUUAAUAUUUGAUUUUUUUUGCAAUAGUAAAAUACCAAAGAAGUAAUUGCGUUUGAGAGUUGAGAGAGAAUGCUAGUAAACCCCGACAGCAGGUCACAAGAGAGGCAUUUCAACAAACAGUUGGCGGGCGAGUGAGUCGUGAUGAAGAAGGUGCGGCUGAAGUGGGUGAAGAACCGCGGGCUGGACCACAUCAUCGAGCGCGACACCGACGUCAAGGCCUGCUGCCUGCUCCUCGAGGCCAUCGGCCGCGCCAACAGCAGCAGCAGCAGCAGCAGCAGCAGCAGUUCUGUCGCUCCCGUGCCCGCCCGCUCCCUCUCCCCUCUCCAGAAGGGCCUCGGCCUCACCGUCCCCGUGCUCCGCUUCCUCCGCCGCUACCCGACCCUCUUCUCCGAGCUCCCCCACCCGCGCUUCCCCUCGCUCCCCUCCUUCUCCCUCACUCCCCCGGCCUCCAUCCUCCUCCGGCGCCUCUCCUCUCCGUGUCCGAGCCCCUCUUCCCCCUUCCACCUCCGCCUCGCCCGCCUCCUCAUGCUCGCCCGCUCCCGCUCCCUCCCCCUCUCCGCCCUCUCCCCGCUCCGCUUCGACCUCGCCCUGCCCCCCUCCUUCGCCUCCCUCCUCGCCUCCUCCCACCCCGACCUCUUCCGCCUCUCCCGCCGCCCCUCCGACGGCGCCCCGCUCCUCUCCCUCGCCUCCUACCCGGCCCACCUCGCCGUCUCCGCCCUGCAGCUCCGCCACGCGCGCUCCAUCGCCUCCCCCUCCUACCGCGAGCUCCGGCUCCCCCCCUCCUCCGCCGCCGCGCCCCUCGCCUUCCCCAUGCGCUUCCCCCGCGGCUACGGCGGCAUGAACAAGGUCAGGGCCUGGAUGGAGGAGUUCCACCGCCUCCCCUACGUCUCCCCCUACGACGACCCCGCCGGCAUCGACCCCGACAGCGACCUCAUGGAGAAGCGCGUCGUCGGCGUCCUCCACGAGCUCCUCAGCCUCACCGUCCACAAGAAGACCAAGCGCAACUACAUCCGGGCGCUCAGGGAGGAGCUCUCGCUCCCCCACAAGUUCACCAGGGUCUUCACCAGGUACCCGGGCAUCUUCUACCUCUCCCUCAAGUGCAAGACCACCACCGUCGUCCUGCGAGAAGGCUACGAGAGGGGGAAGCUCGUGGAGCCGCACCCCAUGGCGACCUUGAGAGAGAAGGUGCAUUACGUGAUGAGGACGGGGCUCCUCUACAGAGGCAAGGGGCUGACGAGGCUGGUGCUUGAUGAGGACGACCAUGAAGUCGAAGAAGAAGAAGAAGAUCGAGCGGUAAACGACGACGAAGACGACGUGGAAUGCUAUGAGUUGGAGAUUUCCGAAGGAGAAGUAGCAAGCGAGGAGGAAGAGGAAGCAGAAAUGGAGGAGGAAUAGAAUUUGUGCUUCAUUUACCAUUCAUUAAUCUACUGAGUUCGGGACGACAAUGUGGCUUGGUUGAAAAUUGGUAAAAAAGCGCCAAGCAUCGGAUCAAUGAGGAUUUUGAUCGAUCACUUUCGGCAGAAAAAAGCAAGAAAAUGUGCUUUUUUGAAGGUGUCUUUUUGGGUGACUAUAAACAAAAUGGAUAUUGGAUUCACGCGACUAUAAACAACCAUCAAACAUGUAAAAUGGAUAUUGGAUUCACGCGUUAAUCGCUGCUAUUUCAUAACUGUAAAAUUGUACUAUGAGAUUGAUUUGGUUUUGUUCCUCUGAAUCAAAAGUUUCUUCUAGAAUGGUCAUGUCAAUACGGUAGACGAAGAAACGGGCAGUGAAGAGGAUUUUGUUACUAAAAAUAUCUUGGAGGUUUGA